UCACCGGGAAACAUGGCGGCGCGCAUGAGCGGCGCCGUGAGGCGUCUGGCUGCACAAGAGCCGGCGGUCUGGUUCUGUUCUGAGUUCCGGCGCCGUCAUCACGCCGCGGGCUCGUCCCUGCGCUACGUCCCCCGCCGGGCCGUGCUGUACUGCCCCGGCAACGACGAGAGGAAACUCAAGAAACUGGCCUCCCUGGACGUGGACUGUGCCGUGCUGGACUGUGAGGACGGAGUGGCUCUCAGUAAGAAGGCGGAGGCGAGGGAGACGAUCCCCCGGGUGCUGGCGGAGCUGGAUCUGGGCCGGACGGAGAAGUGCGUGAGGGUGAACUCGGUGUCCAGCGGGCUGGCCGAGCUGGACCUGCAGGUCCUGCUGGCCGGACCGGUCCUGCCCACCGCCAUCAUGCUGCCCAAGGUGGAGGACGUGCAGGAGGUCCGCUGGUUUGUCGACAGGUUCCGGCAGAACCUGAAGGGCCGGGUCCCGGCGGAGCCGCUACGUCUCGUCACCUUCGUUGAGACGGCGAUGGGGCUGCUCAACUUCCAGGCCGUGUGCGAGGAGAUCCGCCGGCUCGCCCCCGACGCCGGCCUGCACCACGACGGCGUCGUGUUCGGCUCCGACGACUUCUGCGCCAGCAUCGGUGCCACGCGGACCAAAGACGCGCGGGAGCUGCUGUACGCCCGGCAGAAGGUUGUCGUGACAACCAAAGCCUUCGGCCUGCAGGCCAUCGACCUGGUUUACAUCGACUACGGCGACGUGGAGGGGCUGCGUCUGCAGGCCCGCGAGGGAGCCCUGAUGGGCUUCACAGGUAAGCAGGUGAUCCACCCCCUCCAGGUCCAGGUGGUCCAGCAGGAAUUCUCCCCCAGUCAGGACCAGGUCCGUUGGGCUGAAGAACUGAUCACUGCCUUCAGGGAGCACCAGGAGGAGGGGAAGGGAGCCUUCACCUUCCGUGGCAGUAUGAUUGACAUGCCGUCGCUGAAACAGGCGGAGAACAUCGUGGCGCUGUCGGCCGCCGUGACACGGACCUAGCGGGCCCUGGGGGCGGGGCCUAAGACAUGGGGGCGGGGCCUGGAGAGGUCGGAGGUCGGCCGGACGUCCCAACAAACGCCUGCAGAACUUUCCAGGAGAACUGUUUUCACUUCCCCGAGACGUCGACGAACUUCCUCCUGCAGUUUGAACAUUUAAGUUUGUGUGUAAAGAACAAUUAAAAAAUAUAUAAAUAAUAAGAAAAGAGGGAAAAUAAUAGUUGGUUUGUUUUCUGUUUGAAUGUUGUAACAAACCGACGACGGCGACCUGGUGCCCUGCAGAAUACACACACCUGUGUGUGUG